AUGCAUCCGCGAAAUUCUUUAGCAAUUCGUUUAUCUAUUCUUUUCACCGGGCUUCUAGCAAGCCUCGCGGCAGCCCGCAGCAUCGAGGAACGGGCUGCACCAAAGCUGAUAUUAUCUCAUUACAUGCUUGGCGAUAUCACCGAGGAACAUGCACCCAAAGAUAUCGCCGAUACCAUUGCCAUGGGCUAUGCCGACGACCUUGUCAGUAAAGGUGGCAAGUUCAAACUGGCCCUUUCUCUCGACCUUUAUGCAACUGGUACAUGGUGCUACGACAAGAAGCUCGGCAAAGACUGUGGAGGUUGUGGAACUCACUCUGCAAUCCAGCCGAAGGAGUACGAGACGAGCCUGAAGAGUUUCCUGGGUCACUUCAGCACCGGCAGACAGACUGAUAAGGAUUUCACCGCCUGGAAGAAGUCUUUCGCCAACGAGAUGUACUUCGUCCCUGGUAUUGAUGACACCCCUGGAUUUUGGGAGAGCUAUCCCGCUUGGUGGAACUAUUGGGGAGACCUCAUCGACGGCGCCAGUGUCUGGGAGUCAGCCUGGCCCGAAGUCCACGGUACCAACGAAGGUGAUCACUCACAGCCUCCAGCCAUCAGUAUGCUUCAGUACAAGAACGCGUACGGAGCAAACUUGUAUCGCCGUGGUGAGAUGAAGGUUGUCAAGAGAAUGGAGAACAUCCUCAGUAUGGAUCCCCAGCUCCAUAUCAUCCAGCUUUUGACUUGGCCACUAUACUCCGCCUUCAUCCACGCUUGGAAGAACGGCGGUUUAAUGGUCCCGGCCUUCUCCAAGCGAGACGAAGCUAUACCACAGGGUGCUUUAUGGCACAAGAGUAUUUUCCGGAGCACUAAAUGUCCUGGAGGUGAAUCAAGUGUGAAGUACUUUCAAGCACCAAAUGGUACCGAUGCUGGCCAAGACGCUCUCCACUGGGCCUUGGUAGUCCCUGCCAACGCAGCAGGCUUCAUCGUCAAUGUGAUAAGCAACGGCAAGAGAACCAGCUCAAAAUCUCUUCAGACUGGUCUAAUAAGUAAAAGGGACUACUAA